CUUAAUUACUCUGGUAAGUAACAACACACCACACAUGCACACACCAUGCAAUCUGCAUAUGGCUCUGAACAGGAUACAGAAUAGCAGCUUCUCUGCUCUGCUGGUCCUAGCCGACAAAGCCCGACUUGUCAGUCCUUCACACUGACUCGAUGCUGAUCUUCUCCACCUCAUAACCCCACAAUCAAUCGCCAAUCUCCUGCCAAUCCCUGAUAUAUAUACGCCCUCCUAACCCACAGCUUCUCUUCUCCCCUUGGGUUUCCUCUCACAGAUAGCCUCACAGCUACAUCAUCCUGCUUCCUGCAGCACUUAUCACGCCCUGCUGAGCCCAUCAGGGUGAUCACCAUCGACCGACCAUGACGAUCAAGGACUGCGGCGGCCACAAGGGCGGCGUCUCGGCCUGCCAGUGCCACCGCGAGAAGCUCUACCGCAAGCUCUGCGGGGCCGCGCUCGCCUUCGUCCUCCUCGCCCUCUUCGUCAUCCUGAUCGUCUUCCUCGUCCUCCGCCCCCACAAGCCCCAGUUCUACCUGCAGGACCUCGCCGUCCUCUGCCUCAACGUCACGCCGCCCGCCUCCGCGUACCUCUUCACCACCAUGCAGGCCACCGUGGCGGCGCGCAACCCCAACGCCCGCGUCGGCGUCUACUACGACUCCGCCGACGUGUACGCGCAGUACAAGGGCGUGCCCAUCACCGUGCCCACGCGCCUCCCCGUCGCCUACCACGGCCACCGCGACCAGUCCGUGUGGUCGCCGUAUUUGAGGUCCAUGGACAACGUCGAGCUCUCGCCCGAGCUCGCCGUCUCGCUGGCCCAGGACGAGACCGCCGGGUACGUGCUCAUCGACAUCCGCGUCGAGGGGUUGGUACGGUGGAAGGUGGGCACCAGCUGGAUCUCCGGGCAUUACCAUCUGGAGGUGAACUGCCCCGCGCUCAUCAGGGUGAACGAGGGGAAGGGCAGCUACGGCGCCACCACCGGCGGGGGCACCGAGUACUUCCGGUUCCAGCAGGCGGCGGCCUGCAACGUCGACGUGUGA